AGGAAACCCUGCAAACAUUAUCUCUAGAAGUAUUCCCCCCAAAAAGGCAGCUCCACACUGAAUGUAUUAAGCAAUGAAUGAUAAUAAUGUACACAUGUAGUUCACUCUUCAAGAUCUUAGACUUCUACCCUCCAAUUUUUGCCAACUACUGAUGUGUAUUUCAUUAUUUCUCUUGUGUCUUUCCAGUUUGGAGACUGCCAGGGAACAUGUUCUGCCCAUCGACUAUUACUUUCCACCCCAGAAGACUUGUUUGAUCUGUGGGGAUGAAGCUUCUGGCUGUCAUUAUGGAGCUCUCACUUGUGGAAGCUGCAAAGUCUUCUUUAAAAGAGCUGCUGAAGGGAAACAGAAGUACCUUUGUGCCAGCAGAAAUGAUUGCACCAUCGAUAAAUUCCGAAGAAAAAAUUGUCCAUCUUGUCGCCUCCGGAAAUGCUAUGAAGCAGGGAUGACUCUGGGAGCUCGGAAACUGAAGAAACUUGGUAAUCUGAAACUGCAGGAGGAAGGGGAGGCUUCCAGUGCCACCAGCCCAACUGAGGAGCCAACCCAGAAGCUGGCGGUGUCACACAUUGAAGGCUAUGAGUGUCAGCCUAUCUUUCUGAAUGUCCUGGAAGCCAUUGAACCUGGCGUGGUGUGUGCUGGACAUGACAACAAUCAGCCUGACUCCUUUGCAACCUUGCUCUCUAGCCUCAAUGAAUUGGGUGAAAGACAGCUUGUACAUGUGGUCAAGUGGGCCAAGGCCUUGCCUGGCUUCCGAAACUUGCAUGUGGAUGACCAGAUGGCAGUCAUUCAGUACUCAUGGAUGGGGCUUAUGGUGUUUGCCAUGGGCUGGCGAUCCUUCACCAAUGUCAACUCCAGGAUGCUCUACUUUGCCCCUGACCUGGUUUUCAAUGAGUACCGUAUGCAUAAGUCCCGGAUGUACAGCCAGUGUGUCCGAAUGAGGCACCUCUCUCAAGAAUUUGGAUGGCUCCAAAUCACCCCCCAGGAAUUCCUAUGCAUGAAGGCACUGCUGCUCUUCAGCAUUAUUCCAGUGGAUGGGCUGAAAAAUCAAAAAUUCUUUGAUGAACUUCGAAUGAACUACAUCAAGGAACUUGAUCGUAUCAUUGCAUGCAAGAGAAAAAAUCCCACAUCCUGCUCAAGGCGCUUCUACCAGCUCACCAAGCUCCUGGAUUCUGUGCAGCCUAUUGCACGAGAGCUGCACCAGUUCACUUUUGACCUGCUAAUCAAGUCACACAUGGUGAGCGUGGACUUUCCAGAAAUGAUGGCAGAGAUCAUCUCUGUGCAAGUACCCAAGAUCCUUUCUGGAAAAGUCAAGCCCAUCUAUUUCCACACUCAAUGAAGCUUUGGAAGCCCCCAUUUCCUCACCCCACCUCACUCCCCUUUUCAGAUAUCUUCUGCCUGUUAUAACUCUGCACUAUUUCUCUUCUGUGCCUUGGGGAAUUUCCUCUAUUGAUGUGUAGUCUGUCGAGAAGAUGUUCCUGAAUCCUGUUUGCCAGACUUUUUUCUAUUUUCCUUCUUUCUUCCCCCGCCACCUCCCCAUCUGACCCUCCCAUGGCACUUUCAGACUCUGCUCUCUGCAAUGAAUGUCUCUUAUCUGUGUUUUGAAUGGUGUUAUAUUUCUUUAAAUCUGUGAUGAUCCUCAUGUGGACCAGUGUCAAGUUGUGCUUGUUUAUAGCAGUGUGCUGUGUGCCAGCCACACAAAUGUUUACUCACUUAGUGCCACGGGAAGUUUACGGAGCUAAGAGUAUCUGGGAAAACCAAAAGUCAAACAAACAAACAAA